CAAUAAAACACCCGCCACAAGGCAGCUGCCUCAACAACGCGCCACGUAAUUUCAAACCUGUUAAGACCAUAAUACCCUCAACAACUCCCUCUAUUCCACCUAAUACCACCCGUUUUUAACCCCACUAUAUGUAACUAUGUAAUCCUGUGAAGGAGGACAAAACCGUCUUUUCAUCCUGCACCUCACAAAAUAUCUCUCAAUCUCUCACGCAUUCAUCACUGAUCUCUCCUUUACGGCUCCUUUUUGUUUCUCUCUGCUAAAAAAAUUUCUCUCCUCAAACUUCUCCGGCAACAAUGGCGACUGUUCUGGGAAACCUAGUUUUACCUGUAGACCUAAAUUUGCCGGCGAAGGUAAUCUCCGAUCACCGGAAAAAGCUCCGACUACUUCCGUACGACGUCGUGUUGAGCUUAGGCUUGCCGAAAAGAGAGAAGGAGUUUCAGAUAUGGGGGGAGUUUUCGACACUCGGAAGGCUGAGUUUCUCGAGGAAGUCGAAUGCUGUAGAAUAUUCUAGCGACGAAGAGAACGGAAAUGGCGGAGGAGAAGGCGGCGGUAAUGGUGGUGAUGAUGAGGAAUUGUUUGACUGGGAGAUGCAGAUGAGGAGGAGAGUAAAGGAGCUUGAGGAGAUGAGAGAGUUGGAGAAGAAGGCGGAGGAAUUGCAAGGGAGGGUUGAUGCUGAAGCUAGUGAAGGUGAUGGUGUUGAUGAGACUGAGGAGGAGAAGAAGAUGAGAGUUCGGAAAGAGCUCGAAAAGGUGGCAAAGGAACAAGCUGAAAGAAGAGCAACUGCUAAAUUGAUGUUUGAGCUGGGUCAGAAGGCUUAUGGUAGGGGCAUGUAUAAACGAGCUAUUGAAUUUUUAGAAGCUGCAUUGACAAUCAUUCCAAGACCUACGCUUUUUGGUGGCGAGAUACAAAUAUGGCUUGCUAUGGCGUACGAGGCCAACAACCGGCAUGCAGAUUGCAUUGAUCUGUAUCAGCAAUUAGAAAAAAAGCAUCCCAGUGUCAGCAUUCGCAGACAAGCUGCAGAGCUUCGUUACAUCUUGCAAGCACCGAAAAUAAAGAUAACCCAAGAAGAGAUGGUAACAAUCCCGUUAAUUGGUAAUAGUUAUGACAGCUAUGCAUCGACUUGGACCGACAAAAGCAAGGACAAGGAACAAUUCAUUGGUUCUUCAACUACGAGUGCAUUCUCCUCAUCCAGAGAUUAUAUUGGGGACUUCCUAAAGUGGAAACCCCCUGUUGACUUGCAGGAUAAUCGCAUUUUCUGGGCUGCAGUAACUCUAUGGUUUGGUUUGGUUGGAGCUGCACUUUUACUUCAGAGAUGAUCAAUCAUAUAUAUAUACGUAUACCCUCCCUUAUUCCUAUAUAUAAGUAGAAUCCAUCCAAUUCUUGAUUCCUAAGGUUUUCAUCAUGUUGAAUAUGUAAAUAUAUAUAUGUGCAUGUUUAUUGUGAACUAUAUAAUGUUAGAGCAGAUUGCAGAAUCAGCAUUUUAUUCUUUCUGUAUUUGGGGCUAACAUGAGGUUAGCCUUCAUCAGCUACUAGUUCUUCUGUUUCAUCACAUUAUUGUUUUUUUUUUUUUUUUUUUUUUUUUUUUUUUUUUUUUUUUUUUUUUUUCUUGUUCCCUCUGUCUAAUUUAUCUUUGGACUUGGCUCAUUCUCGGAGAAAGGAUAUGCAUAGGGAGAUCCAUAUGCUAUAGUUUCGAUCUUUCACUCUUUUGGAUAUAAUCAGGUUGUCCUUCUAGCUCCA